UCAUCCCUCUCACCAAGGCCCAAGCCAAAUACAAACCCCCCAAAAUGGAGACAUCUAACCACCAAUUAGCUCACGUCAUAGUCAUCCCGUAUCCCAGCCAAGGCCACAUCAACCCCCUCCUCCAAUUCGCCAAGCGCCUCGCCGCCAAGGGCGUCCGUGCCACCCUCGCCACCACCGCCAACACCAUGCAGUCCAUCCACGCCUCCGCCGCCGUCGCCGUCGCCCCGAUCUCCGACGGCUUCGACGGCACCGACUUCGCCAAAGCGGGCAAGCAAGGCGACUACCUCACCUCAAUCCGAGACCACGGCUCCAAAUCCCUAGCCAAACUCCUCCACUCCUACAAAUCCGCCGGUUCCCCCGUUACUUGCGUCAUCUACGACGCCUUCUUCCCCUGGGCGCUCGACGUCGCCCACCGCCACGGCGCCAUGGCCGCGGCCUUCUUCACCAACUCCGCCGCCGUCUGCGCCAUCUUCAGCCACAUCUGCGGCGGCACGAUUACGCUGCCGGUGAAUGUCCAUCAUGAUGCGCCUCUGAUUUUGCCCGGACUGCCGCCUUUGAACGCCUGCGACGUCCCCACCUUCAUCAGGAACCCUAGUAGCUACCCUGCUUACUUAGCUAUGAAAUUGAGCCAGUUUUCCAAUCUCCAAAAUGCCGAUUUCGUCUUCGCCAACACUUUCCACCAACUAGAACGACAGGAGGUGAAAAGCGCGGAGAAGAAUUGGCCGGCGAAGCUGGUGGGGCCGAUGGUGCCGUCGGCGUAUCUGGAUGGGCGAAUCGAAGGGGACAAGGGGUACGGCGCGAGCCUAUGGAAGCCGCUAAGCGAGCAAUGCGCGGCCUGGCUCAACACCAAGCCACGCGAAUCGGUGAUCUACGUCUCAUUCGGGAGCAUGGUUUCGCUGACGUCCAAACAGAUGGAGGAGAUGGCGUGGGCGGUGAAGUCGAGCGCCUCCUACUUCCUCUGGGUGGUCAGGGAGACCGAGCGCGAAAAGCUCCCGGCUGGAUUCGCAGAGUCCGUAAAGGGGAAGGGGCUGAUCGUGUCGUGGUGCAAUCAGCUGGAGAUGCUGGCACAUCCGGCGAUUGGCUGCUUUGUGACGCACUGUGGGUGGAACUCGACUCUGGAGGGGCUGGCGCUGGGGGUGCCGAUGGUGGCGCUGCCCCAGUGGUCGGACCAGGUGACGGAUGCCAAGUUCAUAGAGGAGAUAUGGGGGGUGGGGGUUAGGGCUAAGGAGGAUGAGUUUGGGGUUGCUGGGAGAGAGGAGCUGCUUUAUUGUUUCAAAGAGGUGAUGGAAGGAGAGAGUAGAGUGAAGAUGAGGAGCAAUGCAAGGAAAUGGAGGGAGCUGGCUAUUGAAGCAACUGAUGAAGGGGGUACCUCAGACACUGCCAUUAAUGAAUUUGUCAUGAAAUUGAAGAUUGCUGUACAAAACUAGAGACAGACAGACAGACAGUGAAAGCACUACUAAAUGACCAAACUUUGGGUGCUUCAUUUAUUUCAAUAAAUAAUACACUCUCUUAAGAUACUAUUUAAAUGGAAUCAAAAGUUACUUAUUAA